AUGCCCAGCGCCACGGGUUCCAACUGGGAGAAGUACCAGAAGAACUUUGCGGACGAUGAAGAACCAGAGAAGAAAAUCACACCUCUUACCGAUGAUGAUAUCCAAGUAUUGAAGACAUACGGCGCGGCUCCCUACGCUGCAGCUUUGAAGAAGCUCGAGAAGCAGAUCAAAGAGAAGCAAGCGAGUGUAAACGAUAAGAUCGGAGUCAAGGAAUCCGACACCGGUCUUGCGCCCCCUCACCUCUGGGACGUUGCCGCAGACAGACAACGUAUGCAAGAAGAACAACCAUUGCAGGUUGCCCGCUGCACCAAAAUCAUCCAAGACGAAAAGGAUGAAGAUAAGAGCAAAUAUGUCAUCAACGUCAAGCAGAUUGCCAAAUUCGUUGUCAACCUCGGUGAACGGGUCAGCCCAACAGAUAUCGAGGAGGGAAUGAGAGUUGGUGUCGACCGAAACAAGUACCAGAUUCUGCUGCCCUUGCCUCCUAAGAUCGAUCCUAGCGUAACAAUGAUGACCGUGGAAGACAAGCCGGAUGUGACAUACGGAGAUGUUGGUGGUUCAAAAGAACAGAUUGAGAAGCUGCGGGAAGUGGUCGAGAUGCCGUUGCUUUCUCCGGAGAGAUUCGUCAACCUGGGUAUUGACCCCCCGAAGGGAGCUCUACUCUAUGGGCCUCCUGGUACGGGUAAGACGCUGUGCGCCAGAGCCGUUGCCAACAGAACAGAUGCUACAUUCAUCCGUGUCAUUGGUAGUGAGCUGGUGCAGAAGUAUGUCGGUGAGGGUGCCAGAAUGGUUCGAGAACUUUUCGAAAUGGCACGGACAAAGAAGGCCUGCAUUAUUUUCUUCGACGAGAUUGAUGCCAUUGGAGGAGCACGAUUUGACGAUGGAGCGGGUGGUGAUAAUGAGGUGCAGCGUACCAUGUUGGAGCUUAUUACCCAGCUGGAUGGGUUCGACUCGCGUGGUAACAUCAAGGUGAUGUUUGCGACCAACCGACCGUCAACCCUGGAUCCAGCCCUGAUGCGUCCCGGACGAAUUGACCGCAAGAUCGAGUUCUCUCUCCCCGAUAUGGAAGGAAGGGCGAACAUCCUACGGAUUCACGCCAAGAGCAUGUCAGUGGAGCGGGAUAUUCGAUGGGAACUCAUCUCGCGGCUCUGCCCCAACUCCACCGGAGCUGAGCUGCGCAGUGUAGCGACGGAGGCCGGUAUGUUUGCGAUCCGCGCGCGGCGGAAGGUCGCAACAGAGAAGGACUUCUUGGCCGCUGUGGACAAGGUGAUCAAGGGCAACCUGAAGUUCAACUCGACGGCGACGUACAUGCAGUACAACUAG